AGCAUGCGACACUGGCCCAGUGCGUCCAGGUGGUGGCGCUGCUGAGUGGCGUACGUGCGAGCCAUGGACGAGUUCGGCAGUAGGACGUACGGCACCAACGGCCUGGACAACAGACCUCUGUUCGGGGAGACGUCGGCACGGGAUCGCAUUAUCAACUUGGCAGUGGGAGGAUUUACGUCUCUUGUUGUGCUGGUGACCGUCAUCAGCUCCUUCGUGUUCCCUUCGUUGCCUCCGCGCCCGCUCAACGUUUUCUUCGCCGUUUGCAUCCUGCUCGCCUGCGGAUCCGCCAUAUUGUUGAUCUUCUGGUACCGCCAAGGCGACCUGGAGCCCAAAUUCCGUAACCUGAUCUACUACAAGCUGGCGUCCAUCGUGUUGCUGUGUCUGUGUGCCAACCUCUACUUCCACGACGUCAGGUGAGCCGUCGACGUGCGCCGGGACCGCGAGGCGCGCCGGACGGACGGGACCUCUCGUUGGACCGGACCGGACGUGUUUACACACUGGGAAAGCGAGACAUAAAAGCACUCCUGUCCCGCAGCUGUUUGUCGUUUGUCUGAUGAGCCUCACAAACGACACAAUGAAGCCAGCCCUUUCACUCUGUGGCUUUUUGGGCUUGUCGUUACCAUGGCGACGGCAGCCACAAUUGUAGGAGGGGACACAGUAUGGAAAGCGGUUCAGCAUUUAACCCAUAUUCUUGAUAGCCAUCUUAGGUACUAGUUCACUCGUUGUCCUCACUAGUAAGACAUUUUAGCACCAUAGUAGAACGACAGUCUUACAAAAAAGAAGAAAGAGAGAAAAAUCCACUACUAGUGACACUUUUGACCUGCUAAUAUGCAUUUAAACAUUACGAGUAAACUAAAGUGCUGCAACAGAAACACUAGUCAUGUUACACACUAGUACCCACCUGCACUCUACUAGUAGCACUAAAAUGUCUACUAGUAGUUUUGCCUCACAAUCAACAUGUAGUUCUACUAUUAUGCCAAAGUUGUCUUACAAGUGUACAGAAAUGUCCUAGGGUAGUGGAAAGCAUGUUAUAUGGAAGACAGUUGUUCUACUAGUGCGCUAGAUUUGUCUUACUAGUGAGGCUUUUCAUGAUGCUGAUUUCCAGCUUCACUAGUAGGCUCUUUGUCCUCAAGAGCAGGAAAACUACUGUACCACUACUGACAUAAAAUUCAAUGAGUUAACACCUAGCGUUUUCUUACUUGUACUAGUAGUGCGCAGAUGUCCACCAGUCCAUAGUUUUGCCUCACUAAUAGCAUGUAGUUGUCCUACUAGUAUGCCAAAGGCUGUCCUACUAUUGUAGUCUACAGAAAUGCCAUACAGUACAAAACUACAAGACAAUCGGUCUACUAGUGCGCUGCAUUGUCUUACUAGUGAGGACAAAGAACAUACUAGUACAUAGAUGAAGCUGGAUAUCAAGGAUAAGAAAAAUGCUGAAACGGUUUUCCGUGGCACAGAGCCCAAGGCGAACAUAAUUAUGCGACUUUAUUUUCUUCUAUGCCAAAUGUAAACUCUUUCCGCACAUUCCAGGUAGCUUAGCAGGGCGACGUGUUCGCACUACUAAUCGCAAGCUCUCGUCAAAAGGUACACAGAGCCUUGUGAUAGGUUGUCGAGAAGAAUGGAGAAAACACGCGUACCUCAGCACUUCCAACUAUGACUAAACACUUCUUGCGCUUAUGUGCUCCAACCAAAACACCACAAAGGAGUUUUAUUUUUUACAUUUGACACUUUUAGCGUUUUCUCUGUUCCCACACGAGAAAAUGAGCCCGAAGAGUAAAAGCUCACGACGACUUUAGGAUUGUCAAAGCCAUGUUUUCGUUUUGUUUUUAUUUAAUAUUUGACGAAAUAAAUAACCUGAAACCUGAA